CCUCCGUGGGACCCGCGGCGCCGAGGCCCAGACGCGGCGCGGGGCAGUGGAGCCGGGCGCCCCUGGCGCCCCCGCGGCUGCGUCGCCGGAGGCAGAGAUCCGCGAGAACCUGCUGACAUGGCUGAACAUGGGACUGAUGAGCCGUCCUCCAGUACAGGGAGUCCCGACGGAGAAGGUCGGGACUCUGGGGACAGAUUGUUGCUGCAUCAGAGGCUGGCUGUCAGAGAGCUCAUUGACACCGAGGCCUCCUACCUGCACAUGCUCCAGCUCUGUGCCUCAGACAUCAGGAGCCGCCUGCAGCAGCUGCCCCAGGGAGACCUGGAUGUCCUGUUCUCAAACAUCGAUGAUGUCAUUGAAGUGAACAGCAAAUUUCUUCAUGAUCUCCAAGAGACGGCAUCCAGGGAAGACAAGCAAGUGCACUCAAUUGGCAACUUAUUCCUGGAAUUCCAAGAGGAGCUGGAGCGAGUCUAUAAGGUCUACUGCGCCAGCUACGACCAGGCCUUGCUGCUGGUGGAGACCUACCGGAAGGAGCCAGAGCUUCAGCGAGAGAUCCAGGGCAUCAUCGAGGCAGCGGUGCCACAAGCUGGGCCCUCAGGCCUCAGUUUCUUACUGGUAAUCCCUCUGCAGAGGAUUACCAAGUACCCAUUGCUGCUGCAGAAAAUCCUGGAGAACACAGAUCCUGAUGCCAGUGCCUACCCUGUACUUCAGAGGGCUGCCUCUGCCCUCCAAGACGUGAACGCCAACAUCAAUGAGUACAAGAGGCGCAAGGAAGUGGCCUCCAAGUAUACCAAAGUGGGGCAGCUGACGCUCAGGGAGAGGCUGGCCCGGAUCAACACGCACACCCUCUCCAAGAAGACCACCCGGCUGAGCCAGCUGCUGAAGCAGGAAGCUGGGCUUGUGCCCAGGACAGAAGACAAGGAAUUCGAUUACUUAGAAGAGAGGUUGCACUGGGUGUCGCUGUGUGUGACCGAGACGAAGAACAACGUGGCUGUUUACCUGGCUAAUCUGGAGGCUUUCCUCCGCUUCAGGCCGCAGGAAUCCGAGCUGGACAUCCCUGGGGGGCCGGUGGUGCAGUACUGCAGCCUGAUGGGAGACCUCCAGCUCCAGGCCUUCCCAGACUUUAAGCAGCGGCUGGAAGGCCUGGUAUGGCAGCCAUUGUGCAGCCUCGCUAAAGCCCUGAGUGGCCCUCAGAACCUGGUCAAGAAGCGUCUGGACAAACUACUGGACUUCGAGAGGGUGGAAGAGAAGCUGUUGGAGGUGGGCAGCGUGACGUACGAGGAGCAGGAGGCCCGGCACACGUACCAGGCCCUCAACUCCCUGUUGGUGGCUGAACUCCCCCAGCUUAACCAGCUGGCCAUGCGGUGGCUGGGCCAGAUCUUGCACACGUUCGUGGACCUCCAGAGGGACCUUGCAAAGCAAGUGCUGCAGAGGGCAGAGGGCAGCUUGGCCCAGCUGCCUCACCACCACCUCUCCGAGCCAGCCUUCAGGAAGCUGGUGGAGGAUGUGCUGGGCCAGACUGGUCACCAGCUUCGCUCCUUUCAAGAGAACUUUGAGAAAGUGCUGCCACCUCCCACCAUACAGCCGCUCCUUCCAGGGGCUGAACGCCAGGUGCAGGCGCUGCUAAGCAGAUAUGGCCCCGAGAAGCUGUACCAGGUGACAAGCAACAUCAGUGGGGCUGGGACUCUGGACCUGACGCUGCUGCGGGGCCAGAUUGUGGCUCUCCUUCAAAACAAGGACACCAAAGGCAACAGCAGCCGCUGGCUGGUGGACACUGGGGGGCAUCGAGGGUACGUGCCAGCUGGGAAGCUGGAGCUGUACCGUGUCAUCCCCGGUCAGGAGGAGGUCAAAGAGCAAGUGCGGCCUCCCAAGGACUCCCAUCAUCUAACACCAGAGCCCAGCCCAGCCCCAGUCCCCUCCGUCCCAACAGUGACCCAGGUGGUGGCAGUGUACCCCUUCGUGGCCAGAAGCAGCCAUGAAGUGAGUCUGCAGGCAGGCCAGCUGGUGACUGUCCUGGAGGCCCAGGACAAGAAGGGGAACCCAGAAUGGAGCCUCGUGGAAGUGAACGGGCAGAGGGGAUAUGUGCCUUCCAGCUUCCUGGCCAGGGCCCCAAGCCCAGCUCCGUGGGGCUGGAGUCUGCCCUCUUAGGGUGCCCUCCUUGGAGCCCGUGUUGCCAAGGGAUGGGGAGGCUUAGAUGCCGUGAUCCUGCGAAGGAACAGAAGCCAAGAGAAGGCGGGGCUGGAAGGGGGGGAUCAGGCCAAGGUUGGGUGAAGGGCAGCCAGAAGAGGUGGGUGGACCUUGGAGAGUACCCGGCUUGGCUUGGGUGAGCUUGGAAGGCUCCAGGCAGAACCACUGUUAUGCCUGCAAAGAAGGUGGUUCCCAUCUGAAGUCACAACCGCCUGGAUGGCAGGUCAGAUUGAUAAGGACUUGCUGUAGCUUAUGGCCAAUCUUACCUGUGCUUUCAUCCAGCCCUGCCCAUGGGAGUGGGUCACCCAGGUGAAGGGUACCUGCGUGCGAUGGGGUUACGGGGACACACUGGAAAGGUCCAGGACUACCUGCCCUGAUGGUUCGCUUCCUUCAUGUGGCAUCAGGAGACACCACAGCCGACCGGUCGUCUUUUAUUUCUCCACUCCACGCUGGGAGCUGAGCUAUCCUGGGCAUCGAACCCCUGGGAGCCCUCUUGAGCAGGGAAGCCAGGCCCUGUGGGGCCCGUGGGAAGGUUCUCAGGAGACCGUUGGCCCGGCCAGGGAAUGGGGGUGGCCACGUCACAGUUCUGGAAUGUGUUUAGGCAAAUUGAGAGGCUGUUCCGGGGAAGGGAGGGACUUUGAAAGUGUGUUACGUGGGGCCUGUGAGGCUGUUGCACACUGCCGUUGUGUUCGCUGGAUUAGGGAGCGAAAGGCUAUGCAAAUGGCAGUGGCAACUCUAUGCAGCAAGUGGUCAAAAGCCUGGUGGGUGGGGGAGCUUAGGCAUGGCUUGGUUUCCAGUUUCUGGAAGUUGGGAGCUAGGGGGAAUCCCCGGUGGUUUCAGGGCCUGGAGGCAGCAGUGAAUGUGAAGUCAGUUGGCCGUGGAGCCUUAGAAACAGGACACAACCUGUUUUUCCCUCCCUGCCACGAAGAUCCAACUCAUAGGGUUGUGGUGAGAAUGAGCUGAGGCUAAGGUUGGGAAGCUGCUUGUAAAUUGCGAAGUGUGGUAUAAAUGUAAAUUGCCUUUGGUAGCAGGAUGUGCCCAGCAUCACCUGACCCAGCUGCAGCUAGGAGCGUUCCGCUCCCCAUUCCCCGGGGCCCGACAUUGUCAAUCAAUGUGGCGGCCUUUUCCACAAACCCAGGGUCUACUUCAGGAUCCUUCUCAACACUGCAUUCUAGGCAGCCAGUCAGUCUCUUGAACUUGGUGAGAUCAAACUCAUUGUCAACCCUUUCUUGAACCUGGAAAUUGAAAAACAGUUCCUGUUCAAGGAAGACUGGCCCACUGGGGCAAUUUGGGGUGCAGCCACUGUUGAAUCAUCAUCUCUGGGUUGUCACUUUGGCUAAGAUAAAUCUCAAGGUCCAAAGAAGGAGAUGGUCCAGUGUGAUCUUUAAUGCAAAUGAUCAAUUUUGGAACGAACCCAAGUUAGAGUGUGUGUAAAAACUGGUGGCAGUUUUGGCUUAUUUCCAAGAACGUCUCCAUGUUAUUAUAACUGUAGGGCCUAACGCCGUUAGCUCUGGUUUGGGGAGGGCAUUUGAGAAAUAUGCAUGCCUGUGUGAGAGUCUGCACCUCACUCCUCGGCUUGUGAAAGCAGAAGAUGCAUAAUGCAAGAGAAACUCAGUCCCCGCUGGCCCUUUCCCAGCACGAAAUUCACUCUGUAAGAUGCUCUCGGCUCAUUUUCCUUUCUCUUUCCUGCUCAGGUUUCUAGUACCAACAGGAAGCCUAGGGGAGCAGAUAAUAACAUAGAAAAUGCAUUUGUGUGUUCCUCACUGCCGAGAAUCUGCCGUGGGCUGGAAUCCUAGCUCAGGGCUUCUCAACUUGGCUACUUGCUGUGGUCCCUGGGCAACUUUCAGCUGUGACUGAUGCCAGGAUCCCACCCAGAGAUUCUAAUGGAAUUCAUCUGGGGUGUGGCCAGGGCCUCAGGAACUCAGAAAGCUCCCAAGGUGCUUCUGGUGUGCCAUCGGGGCUGGACGAGACACUCAGGGGUAGACGAGAGGGGUGUGCAGUCAGAAGUGGCCACAGGCUAUAGGCUAGGGUGCACCCCAUCGGAGCUUUGUCCUAGCUCAGAUGUUUGGAAUGGGCGGCUGUAGAGGUGGCUUGAAAUAGGACAGCCUGUUCUGUCGGGUCCCAGAAUGUAUAUUUAUUAAGUGCCAUUAACAGGGACCUGAACAAAAGUGUAUGUUCUUGAAGGCGUAAGGGAGAAACCUGAAAUACACUUGGAACCAAAUCGAUCUCGCGAGGGGAAAAUGAAAAUGUGUUCAGUAGCACAUGGGUUGUGGUGUCUUGUAGAUAAGAGGAUGCGAUGAAAAGUCACUGACAGGUAAGAAAUUGCAUGUCGAGAGAGAGAGAACGGCCUGAACUUUCUCCAGGGGACUCUGGGUAAUGUGCCUUUUCCCCCCUCAACGCCUAGAUCCAUUACACUGUGUCUUAUUUAUUUCAUGGUGGGCUCUCACCUAUUAAACUUGCUAAGGUUCCUUGCCUGUGAACCAAACAAGACUGAUUCACGAGGGUAGCCCUCGCUCCCUGCGACAGAGUGGAUCCUCCUUAACCUUUUGGGCCCAAACCCGGUUUUGAACAUGAGGAUAAGAUUACAAUGUCAAGGGAAGACGUACGAUAUGGAGGUCUAGCUUGGUGAAUCAAUGAUGUGACCUGCUGAGAAUAAAGGACUUCACCGAUGAAAA